AUGACUAUGCUUGUCUUGUGCUGCAAGCACUCGUUCCACACCACAUGCAUCGCACAGUUUUUCAAGCACUCGCACACUUGCCCGCAAUGCCGCAACCGUCCAGAGGGAGACCUGCUCGUCGAGCUGGAGCCCAUGCCGAAUGGCGAACCAGACCAGUACUCUGAGUGGCGAAACGAGCUCGACUCUUGCGUUUCAUGCCACCUUCGCAUCGUGGUCGAGAACAUUUGGCCACUUAUCCAUCCUGCGACUCUCCCGUUCAGAGAGGCGAACAAUGAGGUAUCCUGCCUGCGGAACACUAUGGACCUGUUAUUUCCGUCUACCACCCCGGUCAGUGUCAUGAAGCAUCUGACCUUGUACCCUCUGUUGGUGGCAGCCAAGAGGGAAAGAGCCGACAGGAAUAACGACCAUUUCGCUGCGCACGGCUUCCGACUUCCCGUCAUCACCGAUCGCGACGAGGUAGACACUGAAAGCGAAAGCGACAGUGACGACGGCGAAGAGUUGGGCGAAGUCGCCAAUACUCAAUUCUUCGAAAAUCAAGCGCCAGAAAACUCAAGUCGACCUUGA